AACGCCGCAACAGCGGCGGGGACCGGGCUGGGGCCGUCCGCCGCCGGUCCCGCACGAGGGAAGGGUCGGGGCAGUGCCGGGAGGCGCUGAGGGGUUUGGGGAGCCGCUGUCCCUGGCGCGGUGUGAGGGAGGCGGGUGCAGGGCAGAGCCUUUGCCCCGUCAGGUUGCCAAAAUUCCAUCCACAGGGUCAUCACCCACCAUGGCAAGACUUUGCUGUGCCUCAUCUAGGACCAGAUAAUGGAUCGCUGGGAACACAUAGCAGCGAGACCCAAGAUGUGCUGGUAGGUCACUAUUUCCUACAAAAUAAUACAAUUUAUAAUGCAUACCCAUUAUAAAUUCACAGUGGGGAGUAAAUAAACUGAUAGACAACUAAUAUGCUUCCUUACAUAUAUUUGCAUAUAUACACAGUUAGUUUGAUGGUGUGAUCACUCAUGUCAUAAAACUGUGUGUAGUUUCUCUGCAGAGAUGAAUCUGAGAACAAAUUGGGUAAAACAAUAAAUGAGACCAACUGUUGAUGCUGUAUUUUUUCCUCCAAAAGGCAAAAGCCAAGUUCAAACUCUUAAGUUGUGUUUGGGAGAUGCUUAUUUUUAUUCCUCUCUGGUAAAUCACUAGGGUAUUUUUUAUAAUUCUUUUAUUGAGCUCUCCUAUUUCUUGUCUUCAUUCUUGUCUGCUCUAAACUAAGCUCUCUUUUCCUUUUAGCUCACCAUCUGGGAAUAUUGUGAAAGCUUCUUUUCCUUUGUACCCCACAUUCAAAAGAGUAUUCCAGUACAUAAAGUUAUGUUCUUGGACAUGCACUGCCUAGCAGCAACUCUCCUUAGGGCUUAUAUUUUUGACACAUUUAAAUAGCACAUCUAAUUUCUCAUACUGCAUGUAAUUUCUUCUCACUUGAUCUGUAGAGAGGAGAAAUGAAGAAAACACAAUCUCAAAAGGUGCAAACAACAGAAGAAUGGGUAAGAAACUACAAUUUGGAAUCCUUGCAAUUAACAUUAGAGUAUCUGGUAAAUGAAGGCAAUAUUAUUCUGUUAGUACAACACUGCCUUUUCUUUAGUCAGUCUUGCUCCAGGAAUUCAGGAAAUGCUGGUGAAGAGAUGGAGUUUACACAGGAGACUGUUACUGAUUUUGAAUGCAGACUUUCUGAAGUGAUUGACCUAUAUCAGCACCGAAUUCAGUGGCUGUUGCAGGACAGCAGAAAGGUGUUUGGUGUUAUAAAAGGAACUAAAGUCGGACUUUUGGUUGAUGUGUCUCAUUUGAGUUAUGGAUCUAGACUACUGGAUUUUCAGAAGAACCUUUUGUGCUUAAUAGAUGAGCAGCUUUGUUAUAAGAAGCAAUUGUACUGCCUCUCAUUCAGUACAGAAAUUUCACCACUGUGGGAGAGUCCAAAAACCAUCAAUGUUCAUGUGCUACAUGAAGCAAGACAGUGGGUGCAAGAGCUGGAGCCUGGUCCAGGCUGCAAUUUGCUGAAAGCCUUAAGGCAUGUCCUUCCAAUGAAAGAACUGAAUUCCUUGGUUCUUAUUGUAGGAAGCUGUCCUGAUCAGUCUUUUGAAAUGUUAUGUGAUUAUGCUCAGCAGUGUACGCUGGGGAGAAAAGUGCAGAUUCACACUGUUACAUAUGAUUGCAGCAGCCCUGCCUCUGUUGUAAGUAAUUGUGUUAAUACUUCACUUCCUGCAGUGCAUUUUUUUCCUAUUCAGCUGAAAUGCCUUCUCUCACAAACUUGUGGGGAAGCUAACCUAAUCAUUAGAUUUCUUGAAUUAGUGUUUGGUUCUCUUCAGAACAUAUUUGCAGACAUGAAAAAAUUGCUUGGAGCAUCAUCUUGUAACUUGCUUUACUCAGAACUGAAUACCAACAACCCACAUUAUCAAAAGAGACUUUCAAGUCAAAGUAACUGUUUCUCUUUCUAUUUCUAUAUGAAGGCAGUUAUAAAGAACCUUGCAGAAGCUGUAGGAGGCCAUUAUCAUUGCUACUCUUCCAAGGGAGAGAAUUUUGAUAGCAGUGAUUUUCAUCUGCUACUUCAGGAAUCCCAGAAUGCUAAGGACCUGCUCAAGAGCAUAAAACAGAGUUUUCAAAAAACAGUUGGUGGCUUGCUUGGUAGUAAAAGAGCAGAUGUUUCCACAGCAUUUGCAAAUACAGCACCUUCUAGCUUCUUCCCAAAGCCUGCAAAGCACAAAGCACCAUUAGAUAUUCAAACACCAGGCAUCCUGACCAAAACCUCAGCAGACUGGUUAAAGACAUAUGGAUUGAAAGCUAAAAAGUUAGACCUUUAUCAAGUUCUGGCUCCCAGUGCUUUCUCUCCUGUGGAAGAUUUUGUACCUAUUCUUAAAAAAACAGUGUCAUCAACUCUACAUGAGAAAGUGAUGACACAGUUUGAGUGGUAUGAUGGAACUGUAAAAAAUAUCCAUGUUGACGUGCCAGUAUUGUACAACUAUCAGAAACUCCUUGCUAAAAUGGUAAGAAUCUAUGAGAAACGAAUUGACUGGCUAUCUGUUGCCAGCAGAAGAAUAUGGGGAAGUGUUUGUGAAAGAAGGGUAGUUGUGCUUGUAGAUAUAUCAGUGACAAACUCUACCUACAUCUCUCAUAUCCAAGAUUAUUUGCGACUUUUACUUGAGGAACAAAUGUCAAAUAAGGAUUACUUUAAUAUUAUAGCAUUUGGAAGUGACAUUGUGCCUUGGCAGCAGGAACUGUGUCCUUCCCAACCAGAAAAUUUAGAAAAGGCUUGGAGGUGGGUGUUGGGCUUGGAGUGCAAGGGCAGUAGAAAUUUCAUGAGUGCGCUCAGAAGAGCUGUGGAAGUUGACUUCAAAGACAAAGAUAAACACAAAUCACAGGGACUCUACCUGCUGACUACUGGAAUACCUGAUCAGGAGACACACACAAUCAGUGCUUAUGUGGCUGAGGCUUGCAGAGGUUUGGAUUUACAGCUCCAUGUCUGUCUGUUCAGUGUAACAGAGGGCACUGACUCCAGUGGGAUUAUUCCAGCCCGCUAUGCCAGCCCAAGGGAAACUGCUAUUGCUUUUAAAGAAAUUGUACAGGCAGCCAAUGGGAGGUUUCACUGGUUUGGAGAAGCAGGUAUUUUUGAAAGUGAUGAUAUUACCAGUAUUAUAUCUGAAAUGGAAAAAGCAAAGAACUAUUCCCAAAAGUGUGCAUUCCUAGUGGAGUCCUUAAAGCAGCGCUCAGUAAAUCAGUCUGUGAAACCCCUCACACCAGAAGGACACUCAAAUGUGCUUAUGAGGAAUGAGGAAAAAAAAACGCAGAAGGUGCCAUCUCCUAAACCCACAGCUGUGCUUAAGGAUGUUAAAGACAGCCAUUGUGCAGAGAGAAAUACUCCUGUAAGAGUUCUGGCAUGGCGUCCUCCUAGUGCCAAAGCAGGAAUUCCACCAGCACAAACAAUUAAAGAAUGGCCUCAGACUGAGAAUAAAGGAAAGCACAAACCCAGGAAGCAGCCAGAGCUUUCUGUGUCUGUAUUUUACACUGAAGAAGGAAGAAAUGUGGGUAUAAUACAUCAGAAGUAUCCAAAGGCAAUGUGUGUAAGAAAAUCAGUUUGCUCUGUCAAAUUGCCAGAGGAAGAGGAAAUCUGUUCAAGCAAAGAGUGGCUGACCAAGUACAGUAUUAAAAAGCUUAAACUGGAAUUGCCCAGACUAAUGUUUGGUCCGAGCUGUACUCACCAGAAGACAACUGUGGAGUCUCUGCACAAGAAAGUAUCAGCAAAAUACUGCUCUAUCUUCCCCAGUAUAGAAAUCAAUGGGGUUGUGAAACAUCUGCACUUUCAGCCUAAAGAACUGGAAACCUACACAGAGCAGCUGGAGAAGGUGCUGCAGCGCUAUAUCCAGAGAGUGCAGUGGCUUCUCUCAGGAAGCCGAAGAUUGUUUGGUACCAUUUUAGAAGCAAAUGUCUGUGUUUUGAUUGAUACAUCUGGUUCCAUGGGCCCAUAUUUGCCACCUGUCACAAAAGAACUUACCUCCCUUAUCUGGGAACAGCUGAGAAAAAAUGAAGCCAGGUUUAACCUGCUGAGAUUUGCAGAAAAUACAGAGAGUUGGAAAGAGAAUCUUGUAGAGGCAACUGAUGAAAGCUGCCAUGAUGCUGUGCAGUGGGCUUCCACAUGCCAUGCUCAUGGGAACUCCUGCAUCCUUGCAGCUUUACAGAAGGCUUUCAGUUUCCAAGGUGUAGAGGCACUGUAUCUAUUGACUGAUGGAAAACCAGACACCAGUUGCAGUCUGAUUUUGAAAGAAAUUGAAAGAUUGAUAAAGAAGCAAGAUAUAAAAAUCCACACCAUUUGUUUUAGCUGUGCAGACAAAGGAGCUGUUGAAUUCCUGAGGAAGCUUGCUGCCCAAACAGGAGGGCGCUUCCACUGCAGUUCAGGAGCUGAAGAUGGACAAUUAGCAGCACACAGAAUAUUGACAGAGGGGCUGGAUGAUGAAGAUUAUCCAGUUUUCCCUUACUUUGAAGGAGAUGAUCUAAAGAAACUUACUGAAGAAGUAGCUAAAGCUAGAAGUUUCUUAAAGCAGGCAAAAUCUUGGAGAUUAUUGCUUGAAAAAUGGAACACAAAUCGAAAAGACAACUCUGGCUUUCAAAAAAGUGUUCAGGUAAACAGUCACCACAUUUACAUCAUAGUUUAUGUAUAGUUCAUGUAUUUCAGUAGAAGGGUACUUUUUUAGUAAAUGUAUUCAUUUAUAGAAGUCACUUUUUCCAAACUUGGAAACAUUUGUAGUGAUUUUAGAUCUUAGCUGAGAUAGUCCACAGUAAAACCCCAUAUAACCAAAGAAGAGAUUGAAGAGAACUGUUUGGGCUGAAAAGAGCAAGGCAGGUGUGUAUUUGCAGUU